AUGGCGGCCUUCAAGCGGUACAGAUUCUACGACGCCCUGAUCAAGAAUGACACGGGCCUCCCCGACACGGUGACCUGCGCCGUGCAGGACGAGGCGCUCCAGCUCUUCCUGGGCUGCAGCGACGGCACCGUAAUCUGCCUGCACGCUGAUCUCAGCCUGAAGGCCACCUUACCCUCACAUGCCGGCCCGGUGCACGCCAUAGCAUGCUACGAUCAUGACGUGCUGUGCACGGUGGGCGAGGAGGGGGCCGGCACGCCCAGCCUGACUCUGAAGAUCUGGAACGGGCGGGAGGGGUCGGGCGCGCCCAUGAACCCCAUGGUGGCCAGGCUCUUCGCCAACAAGUCCCCACCCAGCGACGCCGUGGCGGCCGCCGACAUCCACGUGUCGGCCCUGGAGUGGCCCAACCUCCAUGUCGCGGUGGCGCUCAGCUCCGGCGCCCUGCACAUCUCCAGAUUCGACAAGGGUGAGGGUGCCGGCCCCCUGCACCUCAGCAGCGAGGACCGGGAGGCCACCUUCCUGGCCUUUGCGCGCACCCCUGCGGCCUCCCUGCUCUGGGCCACCACGCGCACAGCCACGGCGGCCUGGCGGCUGCCGCGCGGUGACCGCGCGCUGCUGGAGCCGAGCGGCGCCGAGCCGCGCCGAGCCACGCUUUCCUCGGCCACGCAACUGGCCGUGGCCGGCGCAGAGGCGGUGCUUUCCUUCGACGUGGAGCACGGCCAGACGGGGGCGCUGGCGCUGCCCGGGCCCAAGGCCUGGCUGGCAGGGGCGGGGUCCCACCUGGCCGUCGCCUCGCCCGAGGCCGGCACCGGGGCUGCCGGCGCCGGGGUCAACGGCGCCGUGUCCCUGCGCCUAUUGGACCCCGCCAACCGCCGUGCCGACGCGGCGACGCUGGCCGAGGUGCGCCUGCAGUACGCCGAUGCGCUGUACGCCAAGCGCGACUAUGAUGCCGCGCUGGAACAGUAUCUGGGCACCAUGGGCCACCUGGAGCCGUCGUACGUCAUCCAGCGCUUCCUCUCCGUCCAGCGCCUGGCCAACCUGACCACCUACCUGGAGAAGCUGCACGCCGCGGGCCUGCUGGCGCACGUGCCGGUGGAAACCACGGCACUGGUCAUGGAGCUGUGCGUGCCGCCCGGCGGCGUGGCGACGCGGGACGCCGAUGCCGACGGCGAUGCCGGCCCCGUGGCCAGCCUGGCCGACUACACACACCUGUACGCCGACCGGCCGGAGGACCUGCGCUACGCCUGCCUGACCAUCAUCAACAUGGGCGGCGCGGGGACGCAGGCCCAGCGCUCGCUGUACCGCACGCUGCUGGACCUGUACCUCGCCGGCCUGCCGGGCCAGGCCGGCCAACAGGAUGCGCUGGACCUCUUGAAGUGA